AGCGAAAAACAACUUUCGGACUCUCCCUAUCACAGCCAGACGCCUCGGUAUGUGGACUUCACUGAUAUGAGCACCUAUUUCGUUGAACUGGAACUGGAUGUUCCUGUGAAUUCAUGGUUCAAAGGUUGAGUUACAGCCUCAAGACGGCAUUUCACCCGGUGCAGAUAAGGUACUAUCAGGUCACUUCAUCCAUUCAGACUGUAAACAAGACGAGUAUGAGCUGACUAUGGGGGAUGUGGGACUGAUCUGAGGAGCAGUGGUAGUAGUGGGACAAACGAGUCUGCAAUGGGGAGUCAGAGAAACGGCUUCAAUAAGGAAAGCUUCAUUUUGUCGGUGGACGUUGGGACGACAUCGAUCAGAUGUCACGUCUAUGACAAGGAGGCAACAAUCCGAGGAUCAUGCACAACCAAGGUUGUCCUCUUGUAUCCAGAAGUAGGACAUGUGGAAAUGGACCCUGAUGCACUAUGGGAAGGGUUUAUCACUGUGGUCAAGGGAGCUGUGCAAGAUGCAGGGGUACAAAUGCGUCAGAUAGAUGCUCUGGGCAUCUCCACUCAACGAAGCACCUUCACAACAUGGAACAGGAAAACUGGAGUUCCUUUUCAUAACUUUAUCAGCUGGCAGGAUCAGAGGUCUGCAGAUCUGGUGAAGUCCUGGAACAGAUCAUGUACAAUGAAAGCAAUCCAUGGCAUGAUGAAGUUGCUCUACUUCCUGACCAGGCAGAAGCGGUCACUUGCAGCAAGUCUUAUUGUCUUCUCCACUCAACAUGUCACCUUCCGCCUCGUUUGGGUCAUGACACACUACAAGCAGGUUCAUCAAGCAGUAGCUGAAGGUGACUGCUGCUUCGGAACAAUAGACACCUGGCUCCUGUUCAAACUCACAAAAGGGCAGGUCCACGCCACAGACUACUCUAAUGCCAGUUCAACAGGGAUUUUCGACUCCUAUCAGAUGUGCUGGAGCGGGUUUCUCUGCUCUCUUGUCUCUCUGCCUCUGUCUAUUUUCCCCAAAGUAGAAAAUACAGGUCAUGACUUUGGCUCCACAGACCCGUCAAUCUUUGGAGUGUCCAUUCCCAUCAUGUCAGUGAUGGCAGAUCAGCAGGCAGCUAUGUUUGGAGAGUGCUGCUUUGACGUGGGUGAUGUCAAGAUCACCAUGGGAACUGGUACCUUCAUGGACAUCAACACCGGGAGCCAACCGCAUACGUCUGUAGCGGGUCUGUAUCCUCUGGUGGGCUGGAAGAUUGGCUCAGAGGUGGUGUACCUGGCCGAGGGUAACGCAGCGGACACGGGCACUGCCAUCAAAUGGGCACAGGAGCUAGAGCUCUUCUCUGAUGUCCAGGAGACCAGCGCCAUGGCUUACAGUGUCAGUGACUCAGACGGAGUGUGUUUUGUUCCUUCCUUCAGUGGCUUGCAGGCUCCUCUGAAUGAUCCCAAAGCCUGCGCCUCCCUCAUGGGCCUCAAACCUUCUACAACUAAAAGUCAUCUGGUCCGUGCCAUUCUGGAGUCUGUCGCCUUCAGAAACAAGCAGCUCUAUGAGACGAUGCUGAAAGAAACUGACAUUCCCAUCACAAAGAUCAGGGUGGAUGGCGGUGUUUCCGCCAACAACUUCGUCAUGCAACUGACUGCAGACCUGUUUGGCAGAAAGGUCUCCAGACCCCAGCAGUGCGAAAUGUCGUGUUUAGGGGCGGCUUUUGUCGCAGGACUUGGAGUGGGCUUCUGGAGAACCAAGGAGGAGCUAAAGAAGCUGCAGCGCACCGACGAGGCCUUCUUGCCCAAAGGAGUACCGCAGGGCAAUGCAUGCAGCCCGAGUCGGGAUUACAUCCCUGUCGUCCAGAGCUGGGAGAGAGCACUCCGGCGCUCCAUGAAUUGGUACAAGCCGGAUUGACACCGAAUGCGCACACAGGGGGAUCCAGGGUCUGUCCAAAUGGGAAGAUUAAGACAUGAGUUUUAAGUCCCAUAUAAAAAGAAAUAGUUCUUUGUACAAAAUAUCUGUUAUUAAGACAUAACAACCAUCAGCUGUGUCUCUAAACUAGUGUAAGGGUUAAUUUUAAGUGAUGCAAAAACUUUGGUGAUGGAUUAGAUGUAAUUUCUGUAUUUUUCAACCUGGACCCUAUUGUCUCACAUUUUUGUGUCUAAGUAUCUAAUAGAUAAUUCUUUUUUAAGUUGGUUCAGUGUUGAGUCAAACAGGCUGCAGCGUAACCAACCAUCCACUAAGUGUUUGUUUUUGCCACUGACAGACUCAGAUUAUUAUUCUAGGUGUCUGACAACAUUAUAGGAAGGAUCCCUACAAAGAUAGACAAGAGCAAAAUCCUUUUUGUUUUUUUUUUUAAUCCAGCCCUGAAAUCACCAUCGCCAAACCCACCAGUCUCCAUUUAAAAAAA